AGGAAGUUGAAAGUAUGUUUAUUAUUAAAGUAUGUAUACACGAGCUUUUAGAUUCGUCUCCUUCCAGGCAGCCGUGAAACAAAGAGCCCCUAUAGAACCCGUUAAAACGGAGGAGAGCAAGCAAAGGAUAGAAUGUUUAGGAACAUGGCGUCAGGACAACCUCAAUGUCAGCCAAACAAAACUUGCCUUCUCAAAGGGGCAGUGCACAUGCUUUUGUCCAUAUCAACAAUGCUGAGGUUGAGAGCUUCAACUUCUUGGGACAGCCUGUCCAGGUCCAACCACGUGACCGAGAGAGCUCACCAACGCCUCUAGGCUCCCGAGGAAGAAAUGUUGCUUGUCCCCGUCAAGGCCCGUGCUCCCUCUGCCCGUGUGCACGGGAAAAUGCAGAACUGUGGAAUACAUCUCGGAAACCAGCCUCCCCAUCGUGGACUCGGUGCCUCGGUAAAGCAGCUCACACAAUCAAAGACCACAUCCGUCCCAGUCAUUCUUCUGCUCUCUCCCACCCGUUAGAAGGUACAUCAGCCUGAAAGCACCAGGCUCGAGGGUUGCUUCUACCCCGCUGUUACUGAAUGAUUCCCUUUGAAGAUAUGGUGGACUCUGGACCUCAGAAUCGACCUUACCUUGCACCGUAAUAUCUACCUGCACUGUGCUUUCUCUGCAGCUGUAACAUUUUAUUCUGCAUCCCGUCAUACAAAAACACUGUACAGCGAGCACGCAAGGCAAGCUUUUCACCGUACUUAAGUACACGUGACAAUAAUUCGGGCAAGGGUUGGGAAAGUACCACACACGGCGAUCGCAGACCGGCGGAAGUUUCGUGCGCCUGCGCUCUGGAGCAUCGGUCUCGUAACAGUUUCACGGCGUUUCAUUAUGGUUCGCGCACUGCGGGGAGACACGACCGGGAGCUCGGUGUCGUGAGGACAAACGUGACGCGCCCUCUGCAAGGUGACCAGGGACAAGGCGGCAGGAUUGCUUCACGUCGAUCAGCAGCCAGGAGCAAGUGACGCUUUGGACAUGCCCUCGGAGACUGACCUAUUGUUUGAAAAGCAAACGCGGUGCAUUUUGUUGACAUUUCUUAAAACAAAGAAGUUUGUAAAUCGCAUUCUUGAGGAAGAGAUUUCUAAAUUAGAGAAAGAUGUCCGAGAAGAAUUAGCGUCCGAUGAUGAUAAUAUUCAGACCGAUGGACACUGCUGUUCUUCAUCUUCGCGUUCAGCCAUAGAGGUUGAAGGAGCUCCUUUUGAUGAAGAAUUGUACAGAGACAUAGGGGAACGCUUAGCUCAAAUGGGAGAUAGGUUGGAACGAGACAUUAAUCCUAAUGUGGUUGGAGAACUUAUCCAUGCAAAUGAAGGACCUCGGUCCCAAGAGGAUGGAACUACGACUUUGUCAGUCAUAAUUAACAGCUUGACCGAACAAAGGACUAAUAUUGUUCAAGAUAUGCCAAGGGAGAAAGGUGUUCUGUUACUGACACUCCUGCUGUUAGAAAAGACUGUAUUGGAGCGGCCUCAAUUGCUGCCUCGCAUAUUCAGAACCACUGUACGGUAUAUAACCACAAGGCUUCAAGGUUACAUUCAGAAUAUAGGAGGAUGGGACAACUUGCAUUGAAACUACAUGUGACAGGAUAACAGUUCUACUUACAACAUACAUCAAAGUUGCUGGUGAACGCAGCAGGCCAAGCAGCAUCUAUAGGAAGAGGCGCAGUUGACGUUUCAGGCCGAG